CGCGAAAGCUGUAUCACUUCUUGUCAAACAGGGCAAGAAGCAAACUUUUGUUAAUUGUUGAUUAAUUGUCUGUCCAGCCAUUGGUAUAACUGUUAAUUGCGUUAUCUGUAUAAGCACGGGUGUUAAUUGGGUCUUAAAAUGACUACACACGAAAUCACGGAGGAUGUUGAGCUGACCAUUCUUCAAUUGUUGGACAAGCUCACCCACUCCAAUUUCGACGAGGUUUUGCCCGACUUUAAAAACAUUCAAGUAGACGCCAUCGAUCAAUUGGCGAUUCUCGUGUUUGAAAUUAUGCUGAGUAAAGUGGACAAGAACCCUGGGAGAGCCAGCGUAUUUGCAAGAUUGAUAUCCAAAUGGUAUCGUCCUAAAUACAACUUGAGAAAGGAAAUCUUGUCCCAAUGCGACACAGAAUUCGAAUUAUCCGUCGAGAAUAUGGAUGAGAAUAUGGACAGAUUCAAGUCAAAUAUUGGACUACUUGGGGAAUUGUACAACUGCUUCGGAAUAAGCCAGACGAAAAUUAUGGAUUAUGUCGACAUUCUGCUAGCCCUGCAAGACGAUUUGAGCGUGGUGAUCCUUUGCAUCUUGAUAAGGACGAUUGGACGCAAGUUGGAUAAGACAGUUAAAGAGUGUAGUGAAGAAACUAAACUGGCGAAGAUAAGCUUUUUAAAACUUGAGACAAAUUUGAAAUUUGUGCAAUGGGGUGAAAACCUGUUUGACGUCAUGUCUACUAUAAGUAACGAUGGGUCUCUGUCCUUAACUUCAAUAACUGUUGUCAAGGAAAUUUUGCAACUUCGGAAGAACAAUUGGAAAGCAGUUCUAGCGACUUCAAAAUCCAGGAAAAAAUUAAAUUUGGGCAGUGCCGUGAACUCUGUACCGACCUUCAAGCAGGAUUUUCCCCAUUUCAUGUCUCACUUUACAGAAGAGGACAAAAAUAAGGCGUUUAAUCCCAUGAAAGCUCAACCAGUAGAAUCGACAGAUACGGUAUCUUCUUCAAGUGGAGAAUUCGACGUGGAUACUGAGCUAACAGUUCGACAAAUCCUGAAUAAACUCAGUCACUCUAAUUUCGAUGAGGUUUUGCCAGACUUUAUAAGCAUUGAGGCAGAUGACAUUGAUCACCUGGCAAAUCUCGUCGUUGACAUUAUGCUGAGUAAAUUGGACCGAAACCCUUCGAACGCCAGCGUAUUUGCAAGAUUGAUUUCAAACUGGUACCGUCCUAAAUUCGACGUGAGAAAAGGAAUCUUGAAGCGAUGCAGGGCCGAAUUCGUAUUGUGUCUCACGAAGAUGGAUACAGAGGUCAACUUGGAAUCAGUUGAUCAAUCAGAGCUGGACAGGUUGAAGUCAAAUAUCCGACUACUGGGGGAAUUGUAUAAUUGCUACGGAAUAAGUCAUAAGAAAAUUAUGAACUUUGUUGACAGUCUUUUAAAUAGGAACACUGAUUUGAGCGUGACGAUCCUUUGCGACUUGAUAAGGACGAUUGGGUGCAAGUUGGAUAAGACAGUUAAAGAGUUUACAGAAGAAACUGUAUGGAGGAAGUCUGUAAAAACUGUGAAAUUCCUACGAGGUGUUGAAAACCUGUUUGAUGACCUGACUACUCGAAGUAAUAGUGGAUCUUUGUCCUCAAGUUCAAAAACUGAUGUCAAGGAAAUUUUGGAACUUCGAAAGAACAAUUGGAAAGCUGGUGAAGUUACAACCACGACUAGAGCAGAAAAUAACGCAAAUUUGUACUUGGAAAAUGACCGGGAUAUUGAGUUAACCAUUCGACAAAUGUUGAACAAGAUCAGCCACUCCAAUUUCGACGAAGUUUUGGAAGACUUUACAACCACUCUCUACUUCGAUGACGGCGAGGUUAACUUGACAAGUCUUUUCGUUGAUAUUAUGAUGAAGAAAGUGGUCAAGAAACCAACGUCGGCCGGCGUUUUUGCAAGAUUGAUAUACACUAGUGAUCAAUUAUCCGAAUUGAGAAAAGUAGUCUUGGACCGAUGUCAGAUCGAAUUCCACUCAAUUGUUGCCGGUGUGGAUAAGAUUAAAGAAUCGGAAGAUAAUUUAUUAGAUAACGAUGGAAUUUCAGAAGAAUUUGACAAAACCAAAUCAGAAUGUAUGAAACGAAGUGGAGGUCAAAUUCGACUAAUUGGAGAGUUGUACAACUACGACGUGCUUGGCCAAAGUACAAUUAUGAGGUGUGUCAACGUUCUUUCAAAGAGGCACCAUGAUGUAACCAUGGCGACACUUUGUGCCCUGAUAACAACGAUUGGUGUCAAGUUGGAUAAGGCAGUCGACCAGUUUAAGGAAGAUGAACAAACGAGCCUAAAUCUGGCAAAAUUGAAGGAUGAUGCAGAAUUCGUGGACUGGAUUGAAACCCUGUUUCAAAACCUGGAGGGUCGAAUUAUUUGUGGAUUUUUAUCGCAAAAUUCAGAAACUGCAGUGCAGGAAAUUUUGCAACUUUGAGCGAACAACUGGAAAACCGAAGAAGUUCUAAUAACUUCAAAAUCAGGAGAUAAUGUAAAUUGUAACGUUGCGAAUGACGUGAAUUUCGCGAGACUGAAUAAUAAUAAGUUGGAGUCCAGCAAUAUUUCAAAAAGUUCAAGCCGAAUGUCCACAUCGUCAAAUUCUGGUUCGGAUGCUUCCUUCGGAAAGGAAGAUGAUAGUGUAUCCAAACGAUCUGCAGAAUUGACCGAUGCCAUGUCUUCCGUUAAACUGACGCCUUACUUGGCUACGGAAAAGGAGGAGGGAUUCGACCCCAUGAAAGCGCAACUGGAAAAAUCGACAGAUACGAUAUCUUGUUCCAGAGGAAAAUCCAACGUGAUUCGUGAAAGUACAAAUGCAGACCCAGAACCUUCCCGAAGUGCUAAUUCUAUCGAAAAUAACAGCGAAAUUGGAGCUUCUUUGCCAUCAUCUUGUCCGCCUCAGCUCAAGUAUUUAUCCAUGUACACAAAUUACGACAGAAUGCUUACACAGAUGCCUCCCGAAGUCGUGGAAGAUAUAAACAUGCAAAUUUCUGCUAUUAUCUACCAACAUUUCAAGUACCACAAGGACCUCGAGAGAUUUAGAAAGAGACAAAAUGACUUUGAAAAUGGCAUGUUUUAUAAUAAAUAGUUUAUAUAAACACUUAUAAACGAAAUUUUAAA